AUGAAGACGAUCGUCGCCGACGACGACGUCUGGAAGAGCUACCUCCUCACGAACUCGGCGGCCGCCAAGCUCCGCCACGAGCCCUUCGACCUCUACGUCGAGCUGUCGGACGCGACAGGUAUCAUGUCCAUCACUGGCGACGAAGCGACCGACGUCGACGCCUGCAGUGACGCGCCCGAACCGGCAGACUCGUCAACGGAGCCGCCCGCCGCGACACCUCCGACAAGUGGCGCGCCAACGACGGCAACAACGGCGACGGCGCCCCAGACCU